AUGUCAGGACUGAGCGAUACCUCUAUUUCGGAACACUCUUUGAAUGCUUUUGAAACUGACGAAGUACUUCAGUCUUUAGCAGUCGCCGGGCUAGUAAACGAGGAUAAAAUUUACUUAGAACUGGCGAACGAAGCAGUAAAUUUUGCCAGAGAAGAAAAUUUCAAUUUAUCUCAGUUAUGUGGACUUGUUUCAAUCAUAAAUAGAGUGCUAGAAGAACUGUCAAGCUCACCAUACGACGAUAUACAGAAUGUUUUAGAUGUGUCUGACAAAAUUAUGAUGAGUUACUCCAUCCAGAGGCCACCCCACUGCAUUGAGCUAUUCACGAUUGCCGACUCACUAAAAUGUGUUAGAUUUCUGGUGGACUCCUUGUUUAGACACUGGAGACUUUACAAGUUUGCACUAGCUCCAACAACGCGCCUCGUUCCCCAGCUCAUUUAUGAUACGAAAGAUUAUGAAUUUAACGUUAUCGACUUGAAACCAUCAGGAAAUGACUUAUUAUACUCGAUUUUAAAACAUGCGCUUGAAGAUCAAAUUGAAGUCACCAAACAUGGAAACCAAACGAGUAAUUGA